AUGAUUUUAACCCGGUCUUCUUCCUCUGGGUUGAAGGUGAACGCAUUUGCACUUUCUACUUGUACUUUCGGAUGUCCUCGAGGCGACUCGGUACUCUUGUCCAGCAAGAUCGGUGCCUUUGACCCUCCGGAUGCUGCUUAUCCGGUGCUUCCCCACUCUGCUCGUGUCGACCCCAGCCUCUACGGGUACCUGGGUUUCGUCGCCUCUCCUGGGUCUAAGUCCCUGUUCGGGCGCCAAUUUGUGGCUGGUCGCAAAGGAUUUCCUCAUGUGAUUUACGCUCGUCUGUGGAGGUGGCCUGAUCUUCAUAAAAAUGAACUCAAGCAUGUUAAAUAUUGUCAAUAUGCUUUUGACUUAAAAUGUGACAGUGUCUGUGUAAAUCCUUACCAUUAUGAGCGUGUAGUAUCACCUGGCAUUGAUCUCUCGGGACUGACACUACAGAGUUCUGCUCCAUCAAGCAUGCUGGUGAAAGAUGAAUACGUUAAUGACUACGAGGGGCAGCUGUCAUUGUCUUCUGCCGAAAGCCAUUCAGUCCAAACCAUCCAGCAUCCACCAAGUAACAGGGCAUCUACUGAGCCUUAUAGCACCCCAGCCAUGUUAGCUCCUGCUGAGGCUAGCACUACCAGCACCACUAAUUAUCCCAACAUUCCUGUGGCUUCAACAAGUCAACCUAUCAGUAUAUUGACAGGUAGCCAUAGUGAUGGACUCUUAGAGAUUGCUUCAGGGCCUCAGCCAGGAACUCCGCAGAAUGGGUUUACAGCUCAGCCAGCUACUUACCAUCACAAUAGUACUACAACUUGGACUGGGAGUCGGACGGCAGCCUACACACCUACCAUGCCUCACCACCAGAAUGGCCAUCUUCAGCAUCAUCCACCUAUGCAUCCUGGACAUUACUGGCCAGUUCACAAUGAACUUGCAUUCCAGCCUCCUAUAUCAAAUCAUCCUGCUCCAGAAUAUUGGUGUUCAAUCGCAUAUUUUGAAAUGGAUGUACAAGUUGGAGAAACAUUUAAGGUCCCUUCAAGCUGUCCAAUUGUUACUGUUGAUGGAUAUGUGGAUCCUUCUGGAGGAGAUCGUUUUUGCCUGGGCCAGCUUUCCAACGUGCAUAGAACAGAAGCUAUUGAGAGAGCAAGGUAUUCUGCAGAGCCCAAAAGCUCCAGCUGUCUGUGGUAUUUGAUAACAUCUUGUUUUCCCUUCAGUGUGUGCUUCCCUUUGAAAAUUACAGUUUGGUAUGUUUCUUUUAACUGAAUUAACCUAUAGUUAAUAGAUAUAAAAAAGAUACAUACUCUGUAUAGUCCGCUAUACAGAGUAUAUCUUUUUAAGCCACUACUGUAAUACGUUCAAAAUGUGACCUGUGUGACAAAGACCUUCAGUGCUUUGCCAUAGCAUGUUGUUUUUCAUUGCUCUCAAAGGUUGUGCCAUCCAGGAAAAAUUAGCAACUUGUGCCAUUAUUAUAGAAUCCUAGAAUGCUUAGGGUUGGAAGGGACCUUAAUGAUCAUCCAGAUCCAACCCUCCUGUCCUGAGCAGGGGCACCUUCCACUAGACCAGGUUGCUCAAAGCCCCAUCCAACCCAGCCUUGAACACUGCCAGAGUUGGGGCAGCCACAGGUUCUCUGGGAAACAUGUGCCAGUGUCUCGCCACCCUCACAGGGAAUAAUUUCUUCCUAAUGUCUAGUAUAAAUUCACCCUCUUUCAGUUAAAAGCCAUUUCCCAUUGUCCUGUCACUACAGGCCCUUGUAAAAAGCCCCUCUCCAGGUUUCUUAUAGGCUCCCUUUAGCUAUUGGAAGAAUGUUAUAAGGUCUCCAUGCAGCCUUCUCCAGGCUGAGGAAGCCCAACUCUCAGCCUGUCUUCAUAGGAAAGGUGCUCCAGCCCUUAAAGCAUCUUCAUGGCCCUCCUCUGUACUCACUGAAGCAGGUCCACAUAUCUCUUAUGGGGGCCCCAGAGCUGGGGUCUCACGAGAGCAGAGGGGAAAAAUCACCUCCCUUGACCUGCUGGCCACGCUCCUUUUGAAGCAGCCCUGAAUGCAGUUGGCUUUCUGGGCUGCAAGUGCACACUGCUGGCUCAUGUUGAGCUGCUUGUCAGUCAACACCCCCAAGUCCUUCUCCUCAUGGCUGCUCUCAAUCCAGUCUCUGCCC